CUUUGAUACAACUUCCCGGUUAAUAUUUUAGUCUUUCGAAGAAAUAUUUUUAUUUAUUAAGUUGUAUUUAAUUUGAAAACAUCAAGAUAAAUUGUUUCAAUUUCGCGAGGAUGGUGAACACCCCCAGUCACUCUCACCGUCUUCCUUCGGUGGCACCCUGCCGACGCGCACCAAGAGAGAGGAGCCAAAGGAGGCGUGAAUCUCAGGCUCCCGUGAGGCAUCAAUCGACUGCCCCUGCCCGUCUGGGCGCUUCUCUGAUGCAGCCAAACCAACCCGUGAGGCAUCAAUCGGCUGCCCCUGCCGCUGCCCAUCAUCUGCAGCGCAUUCUGGACGCUUUUCUGAGGCGAGUUGAAGUGGUUCUAGCAAAAAAGCCCACCGCGGAGACGCUUCUCGAAGUAUUGCAAAUCGCUACACCUGAGCUUUCAGCCGAUGCGUGCAAUUAAGGCCGUUCUUCUUCUUCAAUGCGAUGAUUAUAGAUACACAACUUCACGACCUGAUUCUUUCUAGUACAAACAAUCCUCCAUUCCACCGUUCGUUUUCACGACCGUUUUUUCCACCCUUGGAUUGGAUUUUGUUUAUUCUGAAGAAAUGCAUGAAUGCAAGAGCAAGAAUGAGUGGCUCCGGUAUGUGGUAACCUGAAUUUGAUCACGAGGGUUCUCUUCUUGUUUUCCCUUAUGAUCAAUAAAUUCAGGCUACCACCAAAACCAGAAAACCAGACCAGAAAGAACAAGUGCAUCGCUUUGGGCUCUAAUGCAAGGACGAGAAGAAGAUGAAGAAAGCUCUCAGGACGCUGCAGCUACAUCUUCACCCGGAUAAAUAUCAAGGGGUUUUCGAUGAGGUUGCGGAGCAGGUAAAAAAACUUUUUCAACGUCUCCAAGACUUCUGGGAAAAAGCACAAGAAGCGCAACCACAACAACAAAAGAAGUCUCAACAAGAAAAGGAUCAGCAUCAGAAGGCUCAAGGUCCGCGAAGAAGAGAGGACGAGCAACAAAAGCAUCAGAAGUCUAACGUUACCCGAAGAAGAGAGGACGGAACUAGUAGCGCCUAUCCGGCUUCGUUCAACAUCUUCGAGAAGUAUCCGUAUUUGACAAAAGGAAUAACGUCGAAUAUGCAAACCAAGGAUGUAAGGCUGCACCUGAUGAACUAGGUCGUACUAAACCAAACCCUUGCAAGUAUGCUAAGCGUGUCAAGAAACACCGCUGCGGCCUGGUACGUAUUCGGAAGCUCCUCCUGUGUAUGUCUAAUAUUUAUAGAAGUGUCUACUUAGUUAUGUACGUGACAAAAUACUUGUACUUGAAGACAGCAUACUGUCUAAUUCACCAGUCACCGCCCCUCGUGACGCAGUGCGCCCGGCUGCGAGGACACAUGAUGCUGGGGCGACGUGCUCCGGAUGAGUGCGAGAAGGAGCCAAAUUGGAAGACACUGACAGAGGAAAUCAGCGAUCUUUCUGCGGAACAGGUCAAAAAGAUGCUAGUGGAAGAUGGCCCAGCUAUCAGCACGUCUUUCAUCUUGAAAGAGGGCUUCAGUUAUGUUGGGUCGUGUAGGAAAAGCAUACUUAACCUUCUCUAUAAACAACUUGAGUCUUCUCUCUCUAAGCCAAGCGACAGCACCCGCCGUUUUCCUUCCCUGGCAACAAGAACAGCGACGUGGCACAUCAAGAGAAGUGCGACGUUCUGGUUGUCGGGUGGACUGCGUCCAAAAGCGGAGAGAAUUGGCUCAUCUUACCGCACUUCACGCAUACGUAUUUGAUGCGCAGUAGUGACAGCGUGAAGCUAAUAGAAGUCGCUUUUUAUGGAGCUGCCAAAAUCUGUUAGCUUCAACAUUAUCAAGCUUCUUAGCAAGAAGUAAGUAGAGAUCAAGCGUGACCAAGAUCUUCAUGCUUUCCUUUUUUAAACGUAUAAACUUGAUAAGAGAUGCCAACAGAUAGUUUUGGCGUCAUACUUUUUGCCAGUUUGAUAUUGAGGGCUGCUUAAAAUAUGUACCCAGAAGCGCGCUGAGAGAUGUGCCGUGGUUUCUAAAGUGGAACCAUUGCUAUCUCCCGUUAAGGCUCAUCGUCCCAAUCCUUUCAGUUUCUCCGAAAAAUUCCGAUUUUCGGGAAUUCCGAUUUAUACUUUUUCCCAUUCCUUGUUUAACACGAAGGCGAUAGCAGGGCCUGUUAUCUCGUUCUCCUUCAUCUCAGGAUCAUUGGGAUAAUAAAUACAGGGAAGAGCUGUUCUCUACUUCUUCUUAGGAUUUAAUAUAUAAAAAUGUUCUCUCCUUGUUCUUAGGAUAAUUUGGAUGAUAAUGUUCUCUCCUUCUUAGGGAACAAAAAGCGAAUUAUACCAAUUACAGGGAACGAAAAGCGAAUGGCUUUGACCUCUAAUACCCUGUCCAGAUCUCAGUCCACAGCAAGAGGGUCAAAAGACGUUGAAGCUCUUUCACGACGACCUCGCUUUUGUUAUGGUCCUGGACUUCAAAGCAUAUCGUUAUCGAUAUAGAAGAUGCUCUGCUUUCCUAUUGAUAAAAUACAAGCGCAGUUUUGGACUCUCACUCCAUGGUUUAGCAGUUUGGUUUUCUUUCCAAAGGAAAGAAUGAAGGUCCUUGCAAGUAUAGUACGGGAUGAAGUAAGUUGGACGAACUCGAGGCGCCUAGAUGAAUAAACGGAUCCUAACAUAAACGUGGCCACUAUAGUUCUUUUUAAACAGUUGGACUUCUUCCUUUUUAUGUAUUUUUGUUUCCUAGUUAGACGUGCUGGUGCUCCACCGGUGGUAUACUGCAUAGAAGUCCUCUAAUUGUCUGCAGAAACUCCUGGAAAGAGUCGCAGAUCACAAUGUAUGACGCCACUCAUUAAGAGCGAAGAUAUGGGAACGUCGUUCCUAAGUAAAAAGACAAAGGAAGAACGGCAUUCCCCUAUCGCCCUUCUGUUCUCAAUGAGUGGAAGCAUUCACGCAACGGGUCCGCAGCUGCUAGUAGCGGAAUCGCCGAGGCUAUGGGGUCCAAUGGUACGGUGUUCCAGCUCCACCCUCCAGGAAGGCGAUCCGAGAGCGUUUGCGCCAGAUUUUCAGACUUGCGAUGGGACAAGACCGCCAAAAAGUGGCUUGUCAUAUUCAACAGCGUCAACAAUGACAGCUGCGGUUUCUGAGUAAUUAUUUUUUUAUUUUGAGAGUACAAUUACAAUUACAAUUAAUCUCGCACAAAGUUCAGUGCAGACUGCCUUAAGGGCGUCGUAAUUAUUUUUUUAUUUGGAGAGUGAGAUUUUGUUGUUCUACUCUGGUGUUGAGAAAGAGAAUAUAGGAGUAUUACAUCUUCGACUUCGAGUACGAGUGCUGUCAUAUGAUCACUCCUGCUCCCCAGUUUACGUCUAGUAGGACCAACAAUUACGAUAGCAAUGCUUAUUUUCAUGCCACAAACAUACCUGACUCUUCCGUCUUUGCCAGGUACAAAGCCACGGCCUUUUGCUUGAAAGGACUGGGAUCUGGAGUCGGUCACGUGGCUCCGAAAGUAUCAGCCUCCGCCGGGAGAGAUUGAGACUUCUUUCAACUUUUGCGGGUGAGUAGGUAUUUCCUCUCGAUAUUUUUACGAUGGCAACUUUACUUUUCAUGAUCAUUCCGCUUGCGGAUGUGCUUCCUUAGGAGAAGCUAAUCUAAAUCUAUCGCGCCUCUUUCUUUCCUGUUUGAUGUCACUCAACUCAUUCCCCGAAGUAAGUAGAAAAUGAUUGUAAUUGAGAUUGAUCUCCCUACUCUUCAUAAAAAAACCUUAAAGUAUCACAACCUGAAAUUCUCACGGACGAUUCUCCUAACAUACAGACCCUUCUCAUGCAGCGAGAGAACCAGGAAGCACCUACAGGCGACGCGUUAGGCGAGCGUUUUGAUCAACAACAUUUGGUGAAGCGGGAAGGGGGAUCGUGGUGAAGAUCUUGAAGAUUUUGAACUGGAGGUGGCACAACUACCAACUACGUUGUGUAGAACAAAAAUCACAAAGGGUCUACGUCGGACGAGGUGACACAUCACAACAACAAAGCUUGCUACGAUUUCUAGAGGACCGCUCAAAAACAGGAGGAGCAGGAGCAUGAUGCAAUUGUGAUAUUACUUACUAGGCCAGACCACCACUAUUGCAGCUACAAAUACGGCAGGAGGAAUGAUUAUUAUAGACUGAUAUACCAUGACGAGGAGAAGAUGGAUUAACUUCAUCAGCUUCUGCUUCAGGCAACUCUUAAAAGAAAACAACAGCCACUCGAUCCAUGAGCAUGAUUCCGGAAACGAGACUAGUCCCCAUAAAAGAUCUCACUUCAUCAUCCCACUCCCAUAAAAUUGAUCCCAUAUUAAACCUCACAUCCAACAACCCUUUUUCAGCAAGUAGAGGCUCCUUUCCAAUCUCCAAGAUCUUGGAUUCAACAAGGCCAAGAACAACAAGAUCCGCGUGAUGUCGAUGCUCUUGUUUUGAAUAACGUCAAAAUCUUUCUUUCCUCUGCUCUCCUUUGCGAUUACGCUCCAGAACUACAUCAACAUCGUUGACAUCUAUUUACUGCAGAUCUAUUUGAGCCAUAUUGUUGACAUUAAUACGUUGAACUCGCUGACGCCUACGCCUUCGCGCAGCUCGUAGAAGCUAGACAUAGUUGCAUCCCAAUCAUAGAUUGUUGAUAUCCUCAUUGUUGUUCUCAGGGGCCUUCACCGAGAUAUAAUCUUGCAGUAAGACGGUAUGCAAACGCGACCAUCUUAUUUGACAUCCUAGAUUUUUUUCACGCCUUCGCGGAACUGCAUACAUUUUGAGAGCAUAGGUUUGCUUUUGGACAACAAGUUGGUCAGACUUUCGUCGACCCGAACGGCAUAUAGAUUGGCUAUGCCUUUGCCAACCGUUUUGCGGCACGUUGUGAGUAGGUCAGACCUUCGUCGACCUGGGAGAUUCUGGUAAGUAG